UUGAGGCGGUGGCAUACUGCAUAUGUUUAAACCGUACGUGCUAAAUAGUAUGCGGCGAUUAGUAAAUAGUAUGCAGUUUAAGUAUGUAGAACGCUAGAAUGGAUAUUCGGACAUUUGCAAUGUUACAAAGUUUCAUUUGACAGAAAGACGUGUGACUACUCCCUCGUGUGGCGGUAUUAAUGGCUUUAGUUUACAAGCGUCCUAUUUUUUUGUAACUUCGGAUACCUCUCUCUCUCCGGGCUGUAGCCUACGCAGCUAAAACGAUUUAACAAGGUCUCUAGUGUGUGACGGGCAUUUCUUUGAUUUCGUUUGUAAUUGUCGUUUGAUCGCUGACACUAUACAUUUUUUUUAAACGGGAAAUAGUUGAAUGUUGAUGACCUGCCAUUUAUUUUUCUCGGUUGAACCGGUGAGCGGUGGCAGUAGCCUCCUCUUUUGAGAUGUCAACCUGGCUUCCUGUUCUACAACAUUAUAAAACGAGGACAUUAUUGUUUCUGAUUAAGUAAUUGUUGUUCGUCAUAUUGAUUUCUGCCUAAACUGAAACGUUUUUUUGAUCGAAUUCUGAGAGUAUUGGCCUAUUUUCCCACCAAGGACCGGUAUGGAUUUCCAUCGCUCGGUUCCAGGCUAACACGGGCUAUCAGUUGUCUUUCUCCUAAAAGCAAAGCUAUUCUUUUAUUUAUUUAUUGUGUGGAGCCUCUCCUACCUGAGUCUGGGAUAGAGGCAGACAUAGAGGUCGAGAGCAUCCUCUCUUCAGACUGAUACCUUCUACCAGCUGUAAAGCCAGCCCAUCACUCUGAGCCUGUCUUCACCCCCCUCUGAUACGGCGUGUCUCUCCUCCAGCUCAGUGAUGACGUCUCGGGUGUUGAUGAGGCAGGAGCUGAUGCGCCAGCAGGCCAGGGACCAGGAGAGGAGAGAGGCCCAGCAGCAGGUCUCCUCGGCCCAGCUACGCACCACCGACUCCUCCCCAGCCAUCUCCAUGGCCCCAGAGCAUACCGGAGCCCGACCACCCCCUGCCCAGGUUCCUGUGGAGGUCCUCAAGGUUCAGACCCACCUGGAGAACCCCACCAAGUACCACCUCCAGGCCUCCCAGAGACAGCAGGUUAAACACUACCUCUCCUCCACCGUGGGGAACAAACUGACCAGUCAGACGCUGGGCGCCUCCCCUUCACCUCAGUCCGGAUCCGCCCGCGAGCUCCAGCCUGCAGCCAGCAGCACUCCCAGCAGCCCAUUGGCUGUGCUCAGCCUGAGCUCCAACAAAGAGGAGAUGGAAGAUGUGAUUGAUGGCAUCAUCAGUUUUGAAUCCGGUCUCAACGAUGAGUUCUUUCAGUUGAUGGACCCUGGACUACAGCUAGCCAACACGCUGCCAGUGUCAAGGAACAUGCUGGAUGUGUACAGCAGUGGCGGGAUGGUUGCUCCAACCAUCCCCGUCUCUAACUCCUGUCCUGCUGACUUGCACGCCAUCAAGACUGAGUUAACCGGUACCGUGGUGGAGGCUAAAGCUAUGAUGAAGGAGCGACAGAAAAAGGACAAUCAUAACCAGAUUGAGAGACGGAGGAGGUUCAACAUCAACGAUCGCAUCAAGGAACUGGGGGCUCUCAUCCCCAAAUCUAGUGACCCACCCCCGUGCUACGGAGACAGGGAGACGCGUUGGAACAAGGGCACCAUCCUGAAGGCGUCUGUGGACUACAUCAGGAGGCUGCAGAAGGAGCAGCAGAGAGCCAAGGAGGUGGAGACCAGACAGAGGAAACUGGAGCACAGCAACCGCAGCCUACUGCUACGCAUACAGGAGCUAGAGAUGCAGGCCUGCCUCCACGGCCUCUCCACCCCCGCCUCCUCCUCCCAGGGCUCUUCCUCCUCACACCUCAGCCUAUCACAAUCCCUGGACCCCAGCACGGGCGACAACCUCUCCAAGACCCUCCUGUCCCUGAGUGGUGGCCCAGGCCUUCAGGCCACCUCCCCCUCCUUUCUGUCUCCACCCCCCUCGGCCUCGCCGGUUGGCCUGAUGAACAUAGCUUCUCCUCUGGGCUUCUCUGAGCUGGACGACCCGUCUGCCGCAGCCUUCCACUCCUCCCUGCUACCGGACAUGGGUCUUGGGGACAUCUUGAUGGACCAUGGGGGGAUAGGGAUGUCCCCGGUGUGGGCCCGAGAGCCCUUGCUCUCCUCCAUCUCCCCAGGAGCCUCCAAGACCUCCAGCCGCAGGAGCAGCUUCAGCAUGGAGGAGGACUUGUGACUGAGUUAAAGGACCCUAGGCCUUACACUGCUAGGCAAGAGCAGCUUCAUGCAUGGAGGAAGACCUGUGCCUGGGCUGAGUCCAAAACCAACCCCUAGACCAGCGUUUCCCAAACUCGGUCCUCGAGAUCCUAAAGGGGUACACGUUUUGGUUUGUGCCCUAACACUACACAUCUGAUUCAAAUGAUCAAAGCGUUAUGGUUCAUUGAUUAUUUGAAUCCACUGUGUAGUGCCAGGGCAAAAACCAAAACGUGCAUCCUUUAGGAUCCUGAGGACCGAGUUUGGGAGACACUUCCCUAGACCCUAGCUCCUAGACCCUAGCUCCUAGACCCUGGCUCCUAGACCCUGGCUCCUAGACCCUGGCUCCUAGACCCUAGCUCCUAGACGCUAGACCCUAGCUCCUAGACCCUAGCUCCUAGACCCUAGCUCCUAGACCCUAGCUCCUAGACCCUAGCUCCUAGACCCUAGCUCCUAGACCCUGGCUCCUAGACCCUGGCUCCUAGACCCUGGCUCCUAGACCCUGGCUCCUAGACCCUGGCUCCUAGACCCUGGCUCCUAGACCCUGGCUCCUAGACCCUGGCUCCUAGACCCUGGCUCCUAGACCCUGGCUCCUAGACCCUGGCUCCUAGACCCUGGCUCCUAGACCCUGGCUCCUAGACCCUGGCUCCUAGACCCUGGCUCCUAGACCCUGGCUCCUAGACCCUGGCUCCUAGACCCUAGCUCCUAGACCCUAGCUCCUAGACCCUGGCUCCUAGACCCUAGCUCCUAGACCCUGGCUCCUAGACCCUGGCUCCUAGACCCUGGCUCCUAGACCCUGGCUCCUAGACCCUGGCUCCUAGACCCUAGCUCCUAGACCCUAGCUCCUAGACCCUAGCUCCUAGACCCUGGCUCCUAGACCCUGGCUCCUAGACCCUAGCUCCUAGACCCUAGCUCCUAGACCCUAGCUCCUAGACCCUAGCUCCUAGACCCUAGCUCCUAGACCCUAGCUCCUAGACCCUAGCUCCUAGACCCUAGCUCCUAGACCCUAGCUCCUAGACCCUAGCUCCUAGACCCUAGCUCCUAGACCCUAGCUCCUAGACCCUAGCUCCUAGACCCUAGCUCCUAGACCCUAGCUCCUAGACCCUGGCUCCUAGACCCUGGCUCCUACAACCUAGCUCCUAGACCCUGGCUCCUAGACCCUGGCUCCUAGACCCUGGCUCCUAGACCCUGGCUCCUAGACCCUGGCUCCUAGACCCUGGCUCCUAGACCCUAGCUCCUAGACCCUAGCUCCUAGACCCUAGCUCCUAGACCCUGGCUCCUAGACCCUAGCUCCUACACCCUAGCUCCUAGACCCUGGCUCCUAGACCCUGGCUCCUAGACCCUAGACCCUGGCUCCUAGACCCUAGACCCUGGCUCCUAGACCCUAGACCCUGGCUCCUAGACCCUAGACCCUGGCUCCUAGACCCUAGACCCUGGCUCCUAGACCCUGGCUCCUAGACCCUGGCUCCUAGACCCUGGCUCCUAGACUCUGGCACCUAGACCCUGGCACCUAGACCCUGGCUCCUACACCCUAGACCCUGGCUCCUAGACCCUAGCUCCUAGUAAUUGUUUAAGACACAAGGUUAUGUGUAGAUCAGUCAGUCUGCAAUGUAGUUCAUCUGGAACACGACUUAAGGCCCUAAGCCUAUCAGAGGACUGGGAUGGAGCCUCCACAUACCAUGCAUGGCCUCGUCCAUCAAUCACAGAGUCGGGGUCAAAGGUCUUAGUUUAGUCUAGGAUUUGCAAAAUUCCAGUCCCCAGGUUUUCUAGAAAUCCUGGCAGGAAGGUUCCAGAAAUCCUGGCAGGAAGGUUCCAGAAAUCCUUAAAAGGAUCCCAAAUGAAUUGCAGACUACUUGAGAGUAGGUGAUACGCGUUACAUUGACAUUAACCUAUUUUUAUGUCUGUUUUUUUAUUUAUUUUUAUUGGAUAUUCUGUGAAUGACAUGCACUCUAGACCAGGGAUUGGCCAGCUAGAGGUGUGGGGACUCCAAUCCUCAGGGGUCUGAUUUGGGUCUCGAUUUUUUUCUCUCCAUCCUUAGCAAGCAUUUUUUUUUUUACAUUUACAUUUUUUAGUCAUUUAGCAGACGCUCUUAUCCAGAGCGACUUACAGUAGAGUGCAUACAUUUUAUUACAUUUUACAUACUGAGACAAGGAUAUCCUUACCGGCCAAACCCUCCCUAACCCGGACGACGCUAUGCCAAUUGUGCGUCGCCCCACGGACCUCCCGGUUGCAAACAAAGCUGAUUUAAACUAAUUGCAUUCUAAACCGACGAUAAUGAUUAGUUGAUUAUUGAAGUCGGGUGGUUUAUCUGGGACUGUGUCUCCAAUCAGUCCCCCCGAGGACUGGAGUUGCCCAUCCCUGGUCUAUAUGAUAGAUAGAUAAACAGGAGUUGGGUGUUUCAAUGUAAAAACAGUUCAGAAAGAUACAAAUAUAAGAAAUUAAAAAAACAAUUAUUUGUAUGUAA